AGCUCUACCGGGGAAAAGUUUACUUCCAACUAUCACUCUCGACUACAAGCACGGAGAAACAGCAGUGAUGGCAACUCAAGCCCAGCAGCCCCCCCACCUGCACCUGGCGGAGAUCACAGCCGCGCAGUUUAUCGACAUCUGGAAACACUUUGACGCAGACGGAAACGGCUUCAUCGAAGGCAAGGAGCUGGAGAACUUCUUCAAAGAGCUGGAGACUGCGAGGCGAGGAGCCGGCGUGGAUCCUACAAAUGCUGGGUUCAAAGAAAAGAUGAAGGAGUUCAUGGCUAAAUUUGACCAGAACGAGGAUGGGAGAAUUGAGAUGUCAGAGUUGGCUCAGCUUCUGCCCACAGAGGAAAACUUCCUGCUCUGUUUCAGAGAGUUUGUGGGAUCCAGCUCUGAGUUCAUGGCUGAUGAGUAA